CAAUUGUUGAGUUGCUGCUACUCUUUGACAAUGGCCACCAAUACCAUAAUCAUUUCCCUUUCUCUCUCUAAUUAAUCGCUAAUUGAGUACUCCCGUAUCGAGCUUUUUGUCCAUAACAAUCGAAUAUCAAAAGCUAGGCAUGGAGAGCGGCGCUAAUGGAGGGGCGGAGGACGUCAAGCAUUUGGCGGCUGAGCUGGGCAAAACCCUAAAAGAAAAGGAGAGAAUCCUGGCCCCGACCCGACGCCCCGACGGGACCCUCCGCAAGCCUAUUAGGAUUCGGGCGGGUUAUGUUCCUCAAGACGAAGUCGCCAUAUACCAAUCGAAAGGCUCACUUUGGAGGAAGGAGAUGGCGGCGACUCAGGAGGUGCCACCGGGAUAUGAUACGGUGGUGGAGCCGAAACCGAAGUCGAAAUCUGCUAAGAGGAAUGAGAGAAAGAAAGAGAAGCGUCAGCAGGCUGCCCUUGACAAGGGUAAGAGUUCAGAGCAAAAUGAUGUCUCAUCUGCUGAUGGUUCAAGUUACCUGCCAGAAAAUGUAGAGUCAAUUGCAUCAAAGAUGAAUGGGCUCUCUCUUUCUGGAAGUGCCUCUUUGGUCACACCUCCUUCUGAUUCAACUGAAUGUUCAGCUCCAGUGGAUCAAGUUCAAGAUAUUGAUAAGAAGAUUCGAGCACUAAAAAAGAAGAUUCGGCUGACUGAAGCGCAACAGCAGAAAGGUGCAGAGAAAGAUUUGAAGCCAGAACAAUUGGAGAAGGUGGCCAAGUUAGAAGGCUGGCGCAAUGAGUUGAAGCUUCUGGAAGAGAAAAAAGCUGAACUAGCAUCAUCCCUUUCCUGAGCCAGAUGCACACUCUGUAAUUCUUGUGUUCUUUUUGGGAAUGUAAACUCUGAAUGGAUAGAGAGUUUGCUUUCUGUAAGGAGCUCAUUGCAUUGAAUAGUAGAUUAUUUCUUUCCAUGUCUCUCUUAAUCUAGUGUGUUCGUACAUCACUAUUCCAUUAUGGAGAAGACUAUAGGCUGUAAUGGUCACCUCAGAGCCUGGACUGGAACUGCUGCCAUUUUUUUGGUUUCAGUUUCCCCAGCACUCCGGACCCUUAAAUAGGAAUAUAUGCGAAGACUGAAGACGCAUUGUGCUUA